GAAAACAAUGGUUGGCAAAGAGUGUUCAAAUAACUGCUUAAGUGGUGGUAGUAGAAACAGCAGCAGCAGGGGUUAAAAGGCGCACAACGGCAGGAGUGUAUACUGAAACAAUAUGGAUAUGAGGCAAAGUGUCUUCCGACGUCGAAGAAUUACUAUUGUUCUUGGUACCUCUUUGUUGGUGGUAGCAAUGUUCGUUUUCGGUACAAUGGAACGCUUUCCAGAUGUAGAUAUCCAAGUAUUUAUAAUGAAGCAAAGAGCAAAAGCAGAACUUCUGAAGAACACAUCCGUGGCAUAUUCCAAAUACCUCAGAAAUCAGCCUGCAAUCAUACACGUGAACGAGGAAGAAAAGGAAACAAAAUUAAGCGAUGCCAGUCGGGAUAACCCACUACAAACUACUGAAGAUGUAAACAAUGCAAAAUCGGAAGAAGACAAAUCACGGAAUAUUCUCAAAAUAGCUGCUAAAAAAUCGCCGGCCGACCCUGUGCUACAACGGUUCUUGGAGCGCAAGGCCGACGUCCAGAGAGUAUGCGAUAACCGACCUGAGCUACAGGAGAUCACCUUCCCGUACACGUGUGGGGAGGAACCAAGGAAAGCCUUCCUCAAACAAGACACCAUGCCAUUAAUGUAUUGCGCCAUUGAAAAGACCGGAAGUACAUUCUGGAGAAGGAUACUCCAAGUGGCCGGAGGGGCGAGCAGCGGACGCCCAUCGCUGAUACGUACAAUGAAUGCGUACAAUGAGAACGGCUACCAUAACAUGUUGAAUACGCCCUACAAAAACAUUGAAGCAAAUUUCAAAACCAUGACGAGCAUAAUGUUUGUCCGAAGCCCUUACCAGCGCUUAUUCUCCGGUUGGUUGGAUAAAAUGUAUUCGCCAAAUUGGAUCUUCUGGAUUGUACUGGGUGAUGAAGUUGUGAAAACCCAGAGAAAAGUUGAUCACUUUAAGAAACAUACAUGCGGAUAUGAUAUUACAUUUUCCGAGUUUAUAGCGCAUACAGUAGAAGACCUAAUCAAGAAAAACUGUGUGAACAGUCAUUUCACCCCGAGUUUUUACCAUUGCUUCCCUUGUAUUUAUGAUAUGGACUACAUAGGAAAAUACGAGACGUUUAAGGAGGAUACCGUUUACCUAACUAAAAAACUGAAUAUGUCUGUUGUGCUGGAUAAGUUUGAUCACGACGCUACCACUGAUGCGAUAACAGACGCAGUGGACUUUGUGUAUAAUGAGCGAGUGGAUAUCGUCAAAUGCAAUGUAUCGUUCCGCUGUGCUUUGUUUAAAGUUUGGCAAAGACUAAAAGCCCGUGGCAUUAUUGGAUUAGACUGUGAGUUUCCGUACAAAACCGACAGCGAAGCGAAUAAAGCUCCAUACGGAGACUUUUACCACCGGAUUGUCAAGGCCAAUGCAGAUAGCGACAAAGGCGAACUGAAAUUAAAUAGAAAGAAGGCGUACGUCCAGGCAAUACGUUCUUUGUCGGACGAUCUGAUCAGUAAGCUUGCGGAGUCGUUUGAGGUGGACUUCACAAUGUUUGGCUACGAUACAGACCCUCUAGGCUCGCUGUCAGACAUAGACACCUCAGGUGUGGAUUUUUUCCCACAGUGUCCAUAGAAUGUUAAAACGUUUAGACAAAAAUAAAUUAAGUGCUAAUAAACAAUCGCUCCUUAAUUAAUGGCGUUAAUGCAUCCAUUUCGAGUUCUUUCGUUAAAACC